AUGUUCAUCCUGACCAAGAUCGCGGACUUGGUGCAAAUUGCACCAUCCGACUUUUCCAAGAGGAGCAUAGAUGCCAUCGAGGAUAAUAUCAAUGCCAAAUACGCCAAUAAGGUAGUUCAGAAAAUAGGAUUGUGCAUAUGUCUUUACGAUCUACUCUGGACAUCUGAGGGCCUUAUCGGUCAUGGCACCGGUCUCGUCAAUGUCAACGGUACAGCUAUCCCUCCGAACCAAAGCCCAACCAAAGCCAGAGCUGCCAUCCCUUCUAACAGGUGCAUAGUCGAAUUCCGCAUGGUGGUCUUCCGACCGUUCAAAGGAGAGGUUAUGCUAGCCAGGAUCCGCAGCUCCACGCCGGCUGGAAUCAAUCUGCGAACAGACUUCUUUGACGACAUCUUUGUUCCCUACGAGGAACUGCCCUCGGGCGCCGAAUACAGUCACAGCGAACAGCUAUGGAUUUGGAAUUUUGAUGAAGAACGCCUCUUUUACGAUACUCACGAAAUGGUUCGUUUCCAAGUCAUUGACGAGGAGUGGCACGAUCAAGCGCCGGCGGGCCCAUCACAAGGAGACAAUGCCACGGUUGAGACGCCGUACAGGAUCAAGGGCAGCAUGGCGCGCGAAGGUCUUGGCGUAUGCCUGUGGUGGGACGCAUAG